ACUGUCUUGUUCCUUGGAUCUGUAGUGUUUAUUAAUUGAUAUCAUACUAAUUAGAAAAUCAAUAACUUCAGGAAAAAAAAAAUACACAUACUAUUAGUAUUACAUCUUUACUGUAGUUUUGAGACGUGUCUUCUUAAUUUUCAUCUGGUUCAACCCGAAAUUUGAGCCGGGUGGGGGGUUUUUGGACCCAAACUUCCAACCCGGUUCAUUUCCCGCUCUUUUAAUAACGAUUUCAUUCCCUUUCUCCUUCAAAAAAAGUAACUAUUUCAUCAUUUUACAAAAAUCAUAACUCGUCUUUCUCUCUCUCUCUCUCUCUCUCUCUCUCUCUCUCUCUCUCUCUCUCUCUCUCUCUCUCUCUCUCUCUCUCUCUCUCUCUCUCUCUCUCUCUCUCUCUCUCUCUCUCUCUCUCUCUCUUCCCUCUCGCUUUCGCGGUUUGUUUAGCGCUCUUUUCUCCCUCUCGCUUUUGCACUCAGAAAAUGUCUCCGUAUCAUUGGAAAAAAUUCCGUUCUGGUGAACUUAACGCUGGCACAGGGAAUUCCGCAGUUCAAGAUAAUGAUGGUGAAGGUAAUGCUGGCCUGGGGAAUGCUGCUAUUCAAGAUAAUGAAGGUGUCCAAGUGAAUCCAGUUGUUGUUCAAGGUAAUGAUGGUGAAGGUAAUACUGGCCUAGGUGCUAUUCAAGAUAAUGAAGGUGUCCAAGUGAAUCCAGUUGUUGUUCAAGGUAAUGAUGGUGAAGGUAAUACUGGCCUAGGUGCUAUUCAAGAUAAUGAAGGUGUCCAAGUGAAUCUAGUUGUUGUUCAAGGUAAUGAUGGUGAAGGUAAUACUGGCCUAGGUGCUAUUCAAGAUAAUGAAGGUGUCCAAGUGAAUCUAGUUGUUGUUCAAGGUAAUGAUGGUGAAGGUAAUACUGGCCUAGGUGCUAUUCAAGAUAAUGAAGGUGUCCAAGUGAAUCCAGUUGUUGUUCAAGGUAAUGAUGGUGAAGGUAAUACUGGCCUAGGUGCUAUUCAAGAUAAUGAAGGUGUCCAAGUGAAUCCAGUUGUUGUUCAAGGUAAUGAUGGUGAAGGUAAUACUGGCCUAGGUGCUAUUCAAGAUAAUGAAGGUGUCCAAGUGAAUCCAGUUGUUGUUCAAGGUAAUGAUGGUGAAGGUUAUACUGGCCUAGGUGCUAUUCAAGAUAAUGAAGGUGUUCAAGUGAAUCCAAUUGUUGUUCAAGAUAAUCCUGUUGGUGUUCAAGGUAAUCCAAUUGGUGUUAAAGAUAUUGCUCUUGUUAUAGAGGAUGCUUCUGAUCAAGAUUUUUCUGAUGAUGAAGAAGACACUUCUAAUGAUGAAGAUGACACUACUGAUGAUGAAAACUUUGCUUAUCAACAAGAAGUUGUAAGAGUUGCUCCAAAACAGUGGACAGGAGGGGAAGAUACAGCCUUGAGGAACGGAGUUCAUAAAUAUAGAAAUAUACACCGGGUUAACCAAAAAUUUAAGAGCAUAAAAUUCGAUCCUGAAUUUUCUCAAAUUUUUAAAGCACUUACUGUAGAUGCAAUGGCAACUAGGUUUAGGAAGUUGGACAAGGCAGCAAGGUUAGCAGUUCAACAACCUGAUGAGGAACCUGAUGCCGUUCAACCUGAUGCUGGACAACCUAAUGCCGGUGAUGCCGGUCAACCUGAUGCCGGACAACCUGAUGCUGGUCAACCUGAUGCCGGACAACCUGAUGCCGGUCAACCUGAUGCCGGACAACCUGAUGCAGGACAACCUAAUGCUGGACAACCCAAUGCUGGACAACUUAAUCAGGAUCUUGAUGAGGAACAACUUGAAGAGGAGAUUAAUGCUGGAAAUAAUUUGGAAAUCUUAGCUGACAAAGUUGCAGAAAAAGUUGUUCAUAGAAUUGUUGAAAUUGGUGUACCCAAGAUUGUUGAGCAACUACUUGGAGCUAUCAAGGAUGGUUUGUUGAAGCAAAAUUAAGAAUGAAUUGACAUUCAACCACUCUUAAUUGUUUUUUGAUGAAUGUGAAUAAAUUCAUACUGUCAAGUGAGUAUAUUCCACUGAAUCACACACUUUUGUAAUUGCAGACAUCAUACUUUUUCAAUAUAUACCAUAAAGCUGAUAUAUGAAUAGUUUAC